UGUGUGUGUGUGCAUUUAUGACUGUCGAACAACAACAAUACACAUGAAACGCUUAGUGUGAGAUAGGCCAGAGUUAAGCCAACAUCGUUCGCGUUGGUUUAAAUCAGUUUGUGUAAAGACGUGGUUGAAACAUGCAAACGUUUCACAGAUAGAGCGCGUUUUUUGGAUAUUUUCCGACACAACCGAAAGAAAGGAAAACAAAAAAAAAAAGAAAUAUCGAACGGAAACUUGAAAAAUACAAAAAAGAAAGAAUCUUUUUUUCAAGAACCCAUUGUGGUUUGAAAGAAAUCAUUUCAUUUGAAAGUGUCUCUGGGGAAAAAGUGCCAAUUAAACAAAAUAAAGUGCAAUUUCUCAUCAAAUGAAAUAGUAAUAAUAAUAAAAAAGAAGAGAGAAAAGUGAAAAAUCAGUGCUAUUCACAUCAAAAAAGCAAAAAAGAAAAAUCCCCCCCCAAAAAAGCAAAGAAAAAUCUAGUGAAUCAAAAUUGCAAGAAAAUUCAAAUAUUUGUGCAAAAUUUAAUAAAAGAUCGUGAGAAGAAGCAGCAGAAGAGGAAAAAAUCAAAGUUGAUUGUUUUCCACUUUUGGUUUUCACCCCACCCCACUUCCCUGGGUAUCUAUGUGUGAAAACUCCAGCUGGCUACGUGUUUAAAGUUAAACAUUUUCUUUUUCGUUUAUCAAAUUUACUUUUUUUAUUUUAUUUUGGAAUUUUUUUUUGUUGGCUGUGGAAAAAAGAAGAAAAUCAUAAAAAAUCAGAGAGAAAUAAACGAAAAGAAAACGGCGUGAAAAUUCAUUAAAACGCCAUUUGCGUCUUUUUUGAAGAGAGCGCGCGAAUUGCAUUGUUAACCAGCCAUGGAUCCGCCUAUUGGCAAUGGAUACCGGCUGCCAACAAGCUUGAAAUUAGCGCCAUCAACCACGGCCACACCAGAAGCAACAACAACAACAAUGUGCAAUACAACAAAAUGCCACCGCAAACGAAAUGUUGUUUCCGGCAGUAGAAAUAAUCAAACAGUGUCAUCAGCAGCCAAUAAACCCCGCUCCAGGAGUCACAAUGCCCACGCCCACACCCAAACCCACCAACUUAAGGCAGCCAAAGGUUUUACAGGAAAACAAACGCCAUCAAUUGUCCCCCGCGCCACGACAAUGACUCGAAUGCGGCAUCAAGUCGGUAGUCUUAGUUUUGUCCUGACAUUGAUGGCCGUUGUUAUUUUAAAUAAUUUCGGUUGUCUCAUCAGUCCAACAGCAACGACACAAGUAUACGCAGCUGCAUCCGCCCAUCGUGAAAAUACGCGCAUUCUACCAUUACAAUCAGGUGGCUUAGCCGAUGGAGGACGCAUCGGUUUCAGUGACGAACGCACCAGUGGUGGCAGCAUUGGAGGCGGUAUUUUUACACCACCAAAUGUGCCAUGUCCACCCGGUAUGUUUCGCUGCAACGAUGGCAAGUGCAUAACAUCGCUGUGGGUGUGCAACUACCAGAAGGAUUGUGAGGGUGGCGAGGAUGAACAGCAAUCGUGUCCACCCCCCGAAUGUGAGGCCGGCCAAAUAAACUGUGGCCAAUAUGUAUUUAAUAAGACCUACUGUAUACCACCGCAUUUCCGUUGUGAUAUGACCGAUGAUUGUGAGGAUAAAUCGGAUGAAGCACAGUGCACUUAUAGAAAAUGUCAAAGAACCGAUGUAUUUUGCAAUCAACCCGGCGGUUUACCACCCUCGGAUGGCAGUCGUUUGUCCGGUCCAUGUGUGCCCACGGAGAAACGUUGCGAUGGCUAUUUGGACUGCCGCAAUGGUCGUGAUGAAGAGGACUGCCUGGGCACCGCCUGUCGCCUGGAUCAGUUUCGUUGUGCCAAUGGCUUAAAGUGUAUUAGUGCUUCAUUGAAGUGCAAUCACAAGGAUGACUGUGGCGAUAAUUCUGAUGAACAGGGAUGCAAUUUCCCACCCUGUCACCAUGGCCAGUUCCGCUGUACCAAUGCCCUGUGUAUACCCUCGAAUUUCUAUUGUGACGGUUAUCACGAUUGUGCUGAUGAGAGUGAUGAAGCCAAUUGUACGGCGAUUGCCUGCCCCGAUAAUAAAUUCCUUUGUCCUCGUGGCGGUGUUAAUGGUACCCCCAAAUGUAUAUUGAAGACCCAGCUGUGUGAUGGCAAAAGAGACUGUGAGGAUGGCAGUGAUGAGGAGGAGGCAUGUUCUACCUCUUCCUGUCCGGCCCUUAGCUGUGAAUACAAAUGUGGUCCCUCGUUGACGGGUGGUGUUUGCUAUUGUCGUCCCGGCCAAUCUCUGGCGCCCGAUAAUCGUACAUGUGUGGAUUUUGAUGAGUGUUCCGAGUGGGGUCACUGUGACCAGUUGUGUACCAAUACCCAGGGCUCUUACACAUGUUCCUGUACGCAUGGUUAUACCCUGAUAAACAAUGCCAAAUGUAUUGCUCCCGAUGCCAAUAAUUUACAAUUGAUAUUUGCCCAUGAUCGUGCUGUGGUCAGGAUGUCGUCGCAUGGUGGUGAUCCACGCAUCAUUGCCAAUGCCAGUGCUGCCUCGGGUGUGGCCUAUCACUAUCAACGCAAUACCUUAUACUGGUCGGACACCAAGACGCGUAAGGUACAAAGUUUGCCGCUGGAUGUGUUUAGCAGUGCCAUACAACCCUUGGAUCUAACACUACCCGGAACCUGGGCUCCCGUGGCCUUGGCCGUCGAUUGGGUGGGUGAUAAAAUCUAUGUGGCCGAUUUGGUGGGCCAAAAGAUUGAUGUCUUCGAAUUAACCGGAAACUGGCAUGCUGUGGUUUUGGGUUCCAAUCUUACUGGGCCUGCUGAUUUGGCAUUGGAUCCCACGGCGGGUCUCAUGUUUGUUGCCGAUGGUGGCCAGGUUUUGAAGGCCCACAUGGAUGGUACCCAUGUUCGCUCAAUUGUUUCCGAAGCUGCCUACAAGGCCAGCGGUGUUACCGUUGACAUCAUCUCCAAACGUGUUUUCUGGUGCGACUCCCUGCUGGACUACAUUGAAGCAAUCGACUAUGAAGGCAAUCAUCGUGUUAUGGUUCUCAGGGGUCAGCAGGUACCCAGUCCCUCUCGAUUGGCCUUAUUUGAAAAUCGCAUCUUCUGGACCGAUGCCACCAAACAGGGCAUUAUGUCAGUGGAUAAAUAUGCCGGUCCCACCUCCAUCCAGGUGACCUACAAGGCCAAGGACAUACGUGAACCCAAGGGUAUUGUGGCCGUUCAUGCAUUGAGUCAACCCAAGGCCAGCAAUCCCUGUGGUAGCAACAAUGGAGGCUGUAACCACAUGUGCAUUGUAACUGCCGUCAAGGGAGCCAACCACUUGGGUUAUCGCUGUGCCUGCCACACUGGCUACCAGUUGCAAUCGGAUCUGAAAAAUUGUAAAAUUGUCAAAGAGUUCCUCAUGUAUUCCCAGCAACGUUUCAUCAAGGGCAAGGUAUUGGAGCCCGUCAUUGAGGGCUUCAGUGAUGCCAUUUUGCCAGUGGUAUCGCGUCGGGCGCGAUUUGUUGGCCUGGACUUUGAUGCCCGUGAUGAGUUCAUUUACUACUCUGAUGUUCUGCAAGAUGUCAUCUAUCGGGUACAUCGCAAUGGAACGGGACGUGAAAUUGUCUUGGCCUCGCAGAAUGAAGGUGUGGAAGGUUUAGCCGUCGAUUGGGUCUCAAAGAAUCUCUACUACAUUGAUUCCCGCAAGGGAACCCUCAAUGUUCUCUCCACCCGCAAUGUCACCUAUCGCCGUACGCUAUUGAAGAAUCUCAAACGUCCACGUGCCAUUGUUGUCCACCCCAACAAGGGUUACAUUUUCUUCUCCGAAUGGGAUCGUCCAGCCAAUAUUACACGUGCCAACACCGAUGGCUCUAAUUUGCUGGUCUUCAAAAAUGUUACCCUGGGUUGGCCCAAUGGUCUCUCCAUUGAUUUUAAAGAAGAUCGUGUCUACUGGUGUGAUGCUCUACUCGAUCAUGUGCAACACUCGAAACUGGAUGGUACUGACAUAAAAACCGUUAAUUCCCGCCUAGUACGUCAUCCCUUCUCAAUUGUCAUACACAACGAUUGGAUGUACAUAACGGAUUGGCGUCUGGAUGCAAUUAUACGCUUACACAAACUAACUGGAGAACAAGAGGAAAUGAUGGUUCGCGAGCCACAAACAAAUCGUUUGUAUGGUGUCAAGGUCUAUAGCCACGAUGUCCAAACUGUGUCGGAUGCCCAACCCUGCCACUUUGAUAAUGGCAAAUGUGAGAAGAUAUGUUUUGCUGUGCCAUCGAAUGAUACUGGCGUCCUGCAGCCUAAAUGUUCCUGUCCCUAUGGUGAGCGGUUGGCUGAUGAUCAGGUAUCUUGUGUGGUAGAUGAGAGUGCUGAGCCACCGGUACAACCCUGUCCGAAUUCUUGGGAUUUCACCUGUAACAACCAGAGAUGUAUACCCAAAUCUUGGGUAUGUGAUGGAGAUGAUGAUUGCUUGGAUAACAGUGAUGAGGAGCAGAAUUGUACAAAACCCACGUGCGGCUCCAAUGAGUUCCAAUGUAAAUCUGGUCGUUGCAUCCCCUUGAAUUUCCGCUGUGAUCAGGAGAAUGACUGUGGCGACAAUUCCGACGAGUUCGAAUGCGGCAACGUAACCUGUGGCACGGCACAAUUUGCCUGCGCCAAUGGACGCUGCAUCCCCAACAUGUGGAAAUGUGACAGCGAAAACGAUUGCGGUGAUGGUUCCGAUGAGGGUGAUUUUUGUGCCGAAAAGACUUGUGCCUACUUCCAGUUCACGUGUCCACGUACCGGUCAUUGUAUUCCUCAGAGUUGGGUGUGUGACGGCGAUGAUGAUUGUUUCGAUAAGCAGGACGAAAAGGAUUGUCCACCCAUAACAUGUUUGGCGAAUCAAUUUAAGUGUGCCGAUUUGCGACAAUGUGUGGAGGAAUCGUAUAAAUGUGAUGGUAUUCCGGAUUGUAACGAUGGCAGUGAUGAGGAGGGAUGUCCUUCGAUGGGACCAAAUCAAUGUAAUCUCGAGAAACAUUUCAGAUGUAAGAGUUCUGGAUUUUGUAUACCCAUUGCCUGGCACUGCGAUGGCUCGAAUGAUUGUUCCGAUCAUUCGGAUGAAGAGGAGUGUGGUCAGAUAACCUGUGCCCCGAACUUCUUCAAGUGUAACAACAGUAAUUGUGUGUUUAAGGCCUAUAUUUGUGAUGGUAAAGAUGAUUGUGGUGAUGGGUCGGAUGAGAGUGCCAUGCAUGCCUGUGUACCUCCACCAUUCAGGUGUCCUCAUGGUCAAUGGCAAUGUCCGGGUGUAACUAAUCGUUGUGUCAACACCACUUCGGUGUGUGAUGGAACUCCUGACUGUCCAAAUGGUUCGGAUGAAGGUGAAGGCUGUGAUUUGGCCGAGUGUGAACAUCAAAGUGGUCUGUGUUCGAAUGGUUGCCAGAAGACACCAUUGGGCGCCACCUGUGUUUGUCCCCCAGGCUCGGAGAUUGGAGAAGAUAAAUAUACCUGUGUCGAUACAAAUGAAUGUGAUCCACCCGGCUUGUGUUCCCAGAUGUGUACCAACACCAAGGGCUCGUACUUCUGUUCCUGUACGGAUGGUUACAUUUUGGAACCGGAUAAGCAUCGUUGCAAGGCUGUCAAUCAUACCGCUGCCUUUUUGAUUAUUUCCAAUCGUCAUUCGAUUUUGGUGGCUGACUUGAAGGACCAGGGUUUGGAACGUGUACCGAUUUAUGUUGAAAAUGUUGUGGCCACAGCCUCGAACAUGCACACUGGCACGAUAUUCUGGAGUGAUAUGAAACUGAAAAAGAUCUCCCGUUUAGACAGAGGCUCAGAUCCCCAGGAAAUUAUUACCACAGGCUUGGAUUUGGUUGAGGGUUUGGCCUACGAUUGGAUUGCUAAGAAUCUCUAUUGGUUGGAUAGUAAACUGAAUACGAUCGAAGUGUCGGCGGAGAAUGGUUCAAAUCGUUUGGUUUUGGUGCGCGAAAAUAUUACCCAACCACGUGGCAUGUGCAUUGAUCCCAGUCCUGGAGCACGCUUUAUUUUCUGGACCGAUUGGGGUGAAAAUCCACGUAUCGAACGUAUCGGCAUGGAUGGCACAAUGCGUGAAACAAUUAUCAAUACGAAAAUCUAUUGGCCCAAUGGCUUGACUUUGGAUACCGCCACGAAGAGGGUUUACUUUGCCGAUUCCAAAUUGGAUUUCAUUGAUUUCUGCUACUACAAUGGUACGGGACGGCAACAGGUUUUGGCUGGUAGCCAUUAUCUUCUGCAUCCCCAUUCGUUGUCUUUGUUCGAAGAUACGCUCUACUGGACAGAUCGUCAAUUGAAUCGUGUGUUGUCGGCCAAUAAGUUCCGGGGUCAUAAUCAAACCGUUGUGUCGCAUUUGAUAAGCCAACCCUUGUCCAUACAUGUCCACCACCCAUCGCUGCAGCCCAUCCAUCCGAAUCCAUGUGAGAACUCCAAAUGUCAACAUUUGUGUCUGCUAAGUCCCUCGGCCAGUGAGGGUUAUUCGUGUAAAUGUAAACCCGGUUAUCGUCUGCUGAGUGAAGGUCGUUGUGUGGAGGAGGAGAAUCCCUUCCUGAUGGUUGUCAAGGGCACUCAGAUUGUGGAUAUUCCAUUGAAUGGUGGUGAUGCCAGAGCUGGUUCUUUGGCUCCGGUAAUUGGCAUUGAAAGCUCGACAGGCUUGGACUUUGAUCGCAAGGGCGAGACUUUGUAUUGGAUCCAGGGACGUGAAGAUGAUGAUGAGAAUUGUACCAUUUUCACCACACCCUAUGGUGGAGGUAAUAAGACCCAAUUUUUGGGACUCGAUACUGGUAUUGUGGGAGCUCCUUACACCAUUGCUUUCGAUUGGUUGGGUCGCAAUCUGUAUAUGGGCAAUCGCAUUGCCAGCAAUAUUGAGGCCGUACGUGUGGAUGGUAAAAUCAAAUAUCGCACCAUUAUUCUGGCCAAUGAUGGCAAUCGUACCUCUGUCUCGAAACCCAAGCAAAUUGUCCUGGAUCCCAAUGAGGGAAAACUUUUCUGGAUCGAUGAGGGUGGCUUUGGAGUGCCAGUGAAAAUUGCCCGUGUAAAUAUGAAUGGUCGUAAUCCGGUGGUGCUGAAGGAGGAUAUCGAUAGACCGGAAAGUAUUACCCUGGAUAUUGACAAGAAGCAGGUGUAUUAUUCCACCCAAUUCCCGGCCACGAUUUGUGUCAUGGACUAUAAUGGUGAUGAUUUCCGGCUGCUACUGACCGAAGAGAAUGCCAUUGCCAAACCACGCAGCUUGGGUGUCCUGGACUCCCGUUUGUAUUUCCUGGAUCCCACCUAUGAAAAUAUUGUAAGAGUAGACUUACCGCGAGGCGAUAAUCCCAAGAUCAUUGUGGACAAUGAACCCGAACUGAAGAGUAUGAUGAUCUACAAGAAACGUCCCAUGAUGCAGCAUCCCUGUCAGACAAAUAAUGGCGGGUGUGAACACAUUUGCAUACCGGAUGAUGGAGCUUCGCGUACCUGCUCCUGUGGCAUUGGAUAUCGCAAGGAGAAUGAUAUUAACUGUGUGGCCUACAAGACCUUUGCUGUAGUCUCACAGCUGGAUGUGACCAGAGGUUAUAGCUUGACCGACAGCUCCGAGGCCAUGGUGCCCAUUAGUGGUACCGGACAUCACAUACUCCAUGUGGAUGUGCUGUUCCGUGAACAAUGGAUUUACUGGGCUGAAUAUAAUCGUGGCUAUUGGAGUGGUAUCUUCCGUACCAGGCCCAAUGGCACGGAAUUGGAACACAUUAUCAAGGAUGGUAUUGGAAGUAAUGGUAUCCGUGGUCUGACCAUUGAUUGGGUUGCCGGUAACUUGUAUUUCACCAAUGUCUAUCCGCAUGAGAAUUAUGUGGAGGUUUGCUGGUUGGAUGGCAGCCAUCGCAAGGUUCUGGUCAAGACCACCAAUGAUGCUCCCCGUGAACUGGCUGUAAAUCCCAUUAAACGUCUACUCUACUGGAUUGAUUAUGGCCAAUAUCCUCGCAUUGGCAAGGCCUUUUUGGAUGGUAGUAAAUGGACACCGGUUGUGACCUCCGGAAUUUCCAAUCCUCGUGAUCUGACCGUGGAUAUGUUGACACAUGAUGUGUACUGGGUUGAUUCGAAAUUGGAUACGAUACAAAAGAUUUCCUAUUCAGGAGGCAAUCGACAAAUUAUUAGACGUAACCUGCCGAAUCCCAUGGGUAUUGCCAUACAUUUGGGAGAGGUCUACUGGGUAGAUCGCAAUCUGAUGACGGUGUUUAAGGCCUCGAAAUUGCCUGGCAAUAAUACCCUGCCCACCAAGGUUAGGACCAACUUGCCCAAGCUACGUGACAUUGCCAUCUAUAGCAUCAAUAAUCAGCCUCAAGAUGAAAGUAAUCCUUGUACUCGACUGGGUAAUGGAGGCUGUGAUCAGCUGUGCUUUAGCUUCCCCGUUGAUGCAUCCAAUCCCUCGCGUUUGAGUUAUCGCUGUGAUUGUGCCACCGGAAAAUUGGCCAGUGAUGAGCGCAAAUGUGAAAGCGUAAAUGAGUACUUGGUAUUCGCCACCCGUACCGAAAUACGUGCCGUCAAUUUGGAUCCCCGCUCCACCCAGAUACCCUUCACACCCAUGACAAACCUGACCAAUGUUGUGGGCUUGGAUUUCGAUUUCCACGACAAUCACAUGUUCUAUACACAAAUCCGUCCAUGGGCUAAGAUAGCCUACACCAAGGCCGACAAGCCUUCAAUCAGUGAUGUGGAAGUCGUUCUAAGCAAGGGCAUUAAUCCCGAGGGUAUUUCCUAUGAUUGGACACAGAACAAGAUCUACUGGACCGAUAGUUCGAAUAACUCGAUUUAUGCCAUGAAUUUGGAUGGCAGUGAUUUGGUAAUGAUUGCCCGUGUGGAAAGACCCCGAGCCAUUGUUUUGGAUCCCUGUAAUGGUACCUUGUACUUUACCGACUGGGGAAGAUUUGGUACAUCGGGCAAGAUUUUCAAGACCACCAUGGCUGGAUCGUUAAAGAGAGCAAUUGUGGAUAAGGAUUUGUCGCAACCCAGCGGCUUGGCUAUUGACUAUGACGAACGUAAGCUAUACUGGACCGAUGCUGUGCGGGAGAAAAUUGAAAGAGCCGAUUUGGAUGGUAAAAAUCGCGAACUGCUGGUGGCAGCCACAAUUUAUCCCUUCUCCAUAACGGUGUUCCGUAACUAUAUCUACUGGACUGAUUUGCAGCUGAGAGGUGUCUAUCGUGCCGAGAAGCAUACCGGGGCGAAUAUGAUUGAAAUGGUUAAACGUUUGGAAGACUCACCGCGUGACAUUAGGGUCUACAGUGCCGAUAGGCAAAAGUGUAAUGUCAAUCCUUGCCUGAUCAAUAAUGGUGGCUGUGCCCAAUCCUGUCAUCCGGCGCCAAACGGCAAGGCAGAAUGUAAAUGUGAUGACAACUCCAAGGUGGUGAAUGAGGGACGUAUGUGUGCUCCACGCAACAACACCUGUGAGGCCAGCAAAUUCUAUUGCCAGAAUGGUAAAUGUAUAUCGCGCAUGUGGUCCUGCGAUGGUGACGAUGACUGUGGUGAUAACUCCGAUGAAGAUCCCAACUACUGUGCCUAUCACUCCUGCUCACCCAAUGAGUUCCGUUGCAACAAUGGCCGUUGUAUUUUCAAGAGUUGGAAGUGUGAUCAUGAAAAUGACUGCAAAGAUGGAUCGGAUGAAAUCGAUUGUACCUACCCGCCGUGUGUUGAUGGUGAAUUCACUUGUGGAAAUGGCCGUUGUAUACCUAUGUCUCAGGUUUGUAAUGGUGUCAACGAUUGCAAGGAUAAUGCCACCUCGGAUGAGACACAUGAGAGAUGUCCCACUAACACCACUUGCCCGGCCAAUCACUUGAAAUGUGAAAAGACCAACAUCUGUGUGGAACCCUAUUGGCUGUGUGAUGGUGACAAUGAUUGUGGUGAUAAUUCCGAUGAAGAUCCUUUGCAUUGUGGCCAGAGAACUUGCCCUGCAAAUAGUUUCCGUUGUCCCAAUCAUCGUUGUAUUCCCGCCACCUGGUAUUGUGAUGGUGAUGAUGAUUGUGGUGAUGGGGCGGAUGAGCCACCAGAGUAUUGCAAAUCCGAGGGAAGAACUUGCUUUGGAGAUCUCUUCACCUGUGACAAUGGCAAUUGCAUACCCAGAAUUUAUAUCUGUGAUGGUGACAAUGAUUGCUUGGACAACUCCGAUGAGGAUAAUCGGCAUCAGUGCAAUGAACGCAAAUGUGAUGAGGAAACCGAAUUUACCUGUGUCGAAAACAAAUCAUGGGGCAGGGCUCAGUGUAUACCCAAGAAAUGGAUUUGUGAUGGUGAUCCAGAUUGUGUGGAUGGUGCCGAUGAGAAUGUCACUUUGCAUAACUGUGCCACCCAGCAACCAUGUGGUGAGGAUAUGUUCACCUGCGGCAAUGGCAGAUGUAUUAAUAAGGGUUGGGUUUGUGAUCACGACAACGAUUGCGGUGAUGGCUCGGAUGAGGGUAAAUUCUGUAACUCGAAAUACAAGACGUGUUCGGAACAUGAAUUCACCUGCCAGAAUUUCAAAUGUAUACGCAAUCAAUAUCGCUGCGAUGGAGAGGAUGAUUGUGGUGAUCAUUCGGAUGAGGUCGGUUGUAAAAAGGAUAAUUCCACAUGUACUACUGGCCAGUUUACUUGUGCCAAUGGUCAGUGUAUAGAUAUGUCACUGGUGUGUAAUAAGGUCUCCGAUUGUUCCGAUGACUCAGAUGAACCGGCCCAUUGUAAUGUCGACGAAUGUGCCAAGGUGGAAAUUAACCAGUGUGGUCAUAAAUGUGUCGAUACGCCGACCAGCUAUUACUGUGAUUGUAAUCAGGGUUAUAAACUCCUGGCCGAUGGCAAAGCCUGUGCGGACAUUGAUGAAUGUAUUGAAUUACCCGGUGCCUGUUCACAACAUUGUUCCAACACCCCGGGCAGCUAUUAUUGUAAAUGUGAUGAACGCUAUUACGAACGCCAGCUGGAUGAACACACAUGCAAGCGUAAGGACAAUACCUCAGCCUGGUUAAUCUUUACGAACAAAUACUAUGUACGCAACAUGUCCGUUGAUGGCCAUCAAUAUAAUCUCAUGCAUCAGGAUCUAAUGAAUGUUGUGGCUUUGGACUUUGACAUUAAGGAGGAGUACAUGUAUUUCUGUGAUGUCACGGCCAAGACAAUAUUCCGUUCGAAAUAUACCGAUCCAAGUGAGAAACCACCACGUGAAGCUGUUAUACGUCACGAUUCACAUGGCCUGGAGGGUAUUGCCAUUGAUUGGGUGGGCCGUAAACUCUAUUGGUUAGAUAGACAUUCCAAGAAUCUGGAUGUGGCGGAGCUGGAUGGUACCAAACGCAAGACAUUGCGCAGUGGUGUGGUCGAUCCUAGGGCAAUUGUUGUCCAUCCAGGUAUUGGUUUCCUAUACUUUACCUCAUGGCAUCUGCAGGCCUACAUUGCCAAAAUGGGUAUGGAUGGUUCGAACUUUACCCGGAUUUUGACAUGGGAAAAUGAUAUUGCCUGGCCCAAUGCCUUGGCCAUUGAUUACUUUACGGAUCGUAUUUAUUGGGCUGAUGCUCAUUUGGAUUACAUAGCCUAUGCUGAUUUGGAAGGACGUCAUCGUCACAUUGUCUUGUCCGGUGCUAAGGUUCCUCAUGUCUUUGCCAUCUCGUUGUUCGAUGAUCAUUUGUAUUGGAGUGAUUGGAAUUUGAAGGCAAUUGCCAGGGCGAAUAAAUUCACUGGUGCUAACUUUACCGUGCUACGCAACACCACUCAUCGUCCCUAUGAUAUCCACAUCAAUCAUCCAUUGCGUCAAGUGCCCUAUAAUAACCCGUGUGGUACCAACAAUGGUGGCUGUUCACAUUUGUGUUUGAUCUCACCUCCCCCGGAGUCGACCUACUUGAAUAUUGAGGGUUACAUUGAAGAAGGUGCUCCCGGCUAUAAGUGUGCCUGUCCCAACCAGUUCUAUUUGGCUCGUGAUAGUAAGACCUGUAUUGCCAAUUGUACCACUGGCCAACAUCGUUGCGGUGGAGAUGAUGAGAAAUGUAUACCCUGGUUCUGGAAAUGUGAUGGUGAAAAGGAUUGUAAGGAUGGUUCAGAUGAGCCCACCACUUGUCCGCAACGUCAUUGCCGGGCCGGCACAUUCCAAUGUAAGAAUACCAACUGCACUCCUUCGGCCACCAUUUGUGAUGGCAUCGACGAUUGUGGUGAUGGUUCCGAUGAACAAAACUGUGAUCUACCCUGUCCCGAUUCUGAUUUCAAAUGUAAGUCCAGUGGCCGUUGUAUUUUGGAUAGCUGGCGUUGUGAUGGCGAUGCGGAUUGUAAGGAUGGCUCCGAUGAGGAUCCGGCUGUGUGCAAUAAACGUGUCUGCGAUCCUGAAACCGAAUUUAGCUGCAAAAAUGGCCGAUGCAUUCCCAAGCUGUGGAUGUGUGAUUUCGACAAUGAUUGUGGUGAUGAUUCCGAUGAGCCUGCCUAUAUGUGUCGCCAACGUAACUGCACCACUGGCUGGCAGAGAUGUCCUGGACAAUCCAACUAUCGUUGCAUUCCGAAAUGGCUGUUCUGUGAUGGCAAGGAUGAUUGCCGUGACAACAGUGAUGAGUUGCCGGAGAAUUGUCCAUCUUGUAAUUCGGAAACUGACUUCAAGUGUGGCAACAACAGAUGUAUUCCCAAACAAUGGAUGUGUGACUUUGCCGAUGACUGCGGUGAUGGUUCGGACGAAAACGAAGCCGUGUGCAAGGGCAAAUAUCGCGAAUGCUCCGAAUCGGAAUUCCGUUGCGGCAAUGGCAAAUGUAUUUCAUCACGCUGGCAGUGUGAUCAUGAGGAUGACUGCGGUGACAACUCGGAUGAAUUGAACUGUGAGGGCUUCCAGUGCAAGAACGGCACCUUCCAAUGUGCCUCGGGUCACUGUAUUGCCUCGUACUUCCGUUGUGAUGGUGAUCGGGAUUGCCGUGACAUGUCCGAUGAAAUGGGUUGUCCUCCAAGAUUCCCAGGCGGCCGUUAUUGCCCCGAAUCACGCUUCCAAUGUUCGAAUAAUCUCUGUGUUUCCCCCUCGGAUCUUUGCGAUGGUACUGAUGAUUGUGGUGAUGGUUCCGAUGAAGAUCCUAAAGUUUGUUCCGAUUUCAAUUGUGACACGCUGCGACGAUUCCAAUGCGACAAUCAUCGUUGUGUGGCCCGUUAUCAGAUAUGUGAUGGUGUGGACAAUUGUGGUGAUGGUUCGGAUGAAAACAAUAUGACCAUAUGUGCCUCCAAGGUGAAGCCCUGUGAUCUCUAUACCCAGUAUCAGUGUGCCAACAAGAACUGUAUCGAUCGUGCCCAAGUUUGUGACUACUCCGAUGAUUGUGGUGAUGCUUCCGAUGAAUUGGGUUGCCAUCAUAAUCUCAGUUGUCUGGAUGACACCCGCGGCGGAUGCCAACAUCAUUGUCACAAUCUGACCGAUGGUGGUUACAUUUGUGCCUGCUAUCCGGGUUAUAUUAUUUCCAACGACAACAAAAAGAAAUGUGUGGAUGUGGAUGAAUGUGCCACACGCCAACACACCUGCUCCCACCAAUGUCACAAUUUGAAUGGCACCUAUUCAUGUUCCUGUCGGGAUGGUUUCCGCCUGGUGGACAGCACCUCAGGGGUGUGCAAGGCCGAAAAGGAAGAUGUUGUGGUGAUAUUCUCAAAUGGUCCCGAGAUAAGAGCUUUAGACUUACAAAAGAAGGACGAAUACGAUGUCAUCUUGUCGGAGAAACGUAUUGAGGCUUUGGAUUAUCAUGCCGAACAGCAGAUUGUCUUCUGGGCCGAUAGCUAUGACAAGACCAUAAAACGUUCCUACAUGGUAAAUGCUGUGGAUGGUCAGGCUCGUAUUGGUUUUGCCCAGGACUUGAAUAUGAAGGGAGGUUCCAAACCCACAGCAGUGGCUGUUGAUUGGUUGGCCAACAAUCUCUACUGGGCUGAGGUGGACAGAACAGGAUCUAAGCCUCGUGGCCGUGUUAUGGUUGCCACCACCGAUGGCCGUUACCGAAGAUCAAUUGUCAAUGCCGGUCUUGAAGUACCCACAUCCAUUGCCGUUAAUCCCCAAUUGGGUCGUAUCUAUUGGUCUGAUGCUGGUUCUGCUCCCAAGAUUGAGGUCUCAUGGAUGGAUGGCUCGAAGCGUCGACCAAUUAUUACCGAAGCCAUACGACACCCAGCUGGUCUCACCAUCGAUUAUGCCCAAGAUCAUGUCAUCUAUUGGGUGGACACCAAACUUAAUACCAUUGAGUCCAUCAAACCAGAUGGUUCGGCCCGCAAGACCGUUGUGAAAGGCGAUCAACUUAGACAUCCCGUCUCACUGGAUAUUUUCGAAUCGAAUAUGUACUGGGUGACACGUGACACCGGAGAGCUACUGAAACAAGACAAAUUCGGUCGUGGUGUCCAGGUUGCGGUUCAUCGCAAUCUUGUCAAUCCUUCGGGUUUGAAGAUAUAUCACGAGAAACGUUAUAAUACCAGUUUGAAAGAUCCUUGCUUUGGCUCCAGCUGCUCGCAUUUGUGUCUCUUGGUGCCCGGAGGACAUCGUUGUGCUUGUCCCGACAGUUCGGGUGCUUUGCCAUCACAUCGCAGCACUGUUGAGGUUAUCUGUGAUGCUGCUGCUGAACGUCCCAGACCUGCUCCACGCAUCUGCCCAUGCCAGAAUGGUGGUUUCUGUGUUGAGGAUAACAACGGCGAAUUGAUGUGUGAAUGUUUGGCCGAUUUCAAGGGUGAUCAUUGUGAACAAAAUGCUGCCGGCAUGUUUGGGCAUGGUGGUGCUAAUGUCACAGCCGUAGUGGUGCCCAUAAUGGUAAUUCUAUUGGUGCUUCUGGCUGCCGGUGGUGUUUGGUUCGUGAUACGCAAGAAGCCAUUUGGAAAACUGGCCCGCCUACCUACGCUGACUUCAUCACAAAGUGUCACCUUCCGCCAGGGUACCAAUGUUGAAUUCAAUGCUCCUGGCUUCCCAGGACCCACAGCCCCAGUUGGUACCUCAACGGGCGAUGUUGCACCCUUGGAAGGCUACAAUUUACAAACAGUGAAUGCGGGCAAGACCCGUGAUUUCUCCAAUCCCAUGUACGAUGCUGUACAAUCGGGUACAACGGAUCCAAGCAUAAGCAAUGGAUCAGGAAUUUACGAAGUGCCACACGAUCCCUCCAAAACAAAACCCAUCGGUCCAUUUACGGAACCCGUAUCAGCCAUUUUAGCACCUAGCAGUAUAACGCACAAAUCCUCACCGCAACUACAGUUAAGAACCCGCGAAUUAGAUCCAUCCGCCGAUAAUGGCAAAGAUACCCAGUAUUUGGUGGAAGAAGAUAAGUCUGAAUGCUGAUAUAAACCCUAACAUCAGAUUUUAGCUACGGCAACAACAAUAACACUAACAACCUGUGGAACAACUACGAUAAAGAGAACAAAUUUAAAUUUAAUUUAACAUAACGUUAAUACCAGCAACAACAACCACAACAACAGCAUGAACAGGAAAAGUAAAAUAAUGAACAACAACAACUAUUACAGCCACUAUAAAAUCCAACCACAACAACAGCUAGAAGUGACAGCAACCGUUGAUGUCAAUAAGAACACUUAGAUAACGUCAGAAAAAAAAAACAAAAGAACAGAAACUAUAUAAAUUAUUUAUAUAUACAUACUUUUUUAUAUAAAUAUAUAGCUAUGUAAGGAAACAAACAAAAAAAUAUAUAAGAUGGAAAACGGAAAGGAAGGAAGAAUGAAAAAAAAAAAAACGGAGAAAACAAGAAACAAACAAACAAAAAAAAUCCAAAAACAUAUCUUUGAUGUAUAACAAAAUUUUGAAAAAUUGAACUUAAAGUUUGAGUUUGAAAAUAUACAACACAACACACACACCAUGAUGCCCACACACACACACACACGGAUAGUGAUAUAGGCCACAAAAUGUAAUUUGAAGUCCCAACUGUCAACUCUCAAGAACCUGUAUUAUACUAUUUUAGAUCAAGAGAAAACGAUCGAUCGUUUGAGAGUAUGAAUUGGGAUGAAAUGAAAACUCUUUUUUUUUUGGGAAGAAUAUCACAUAUACAUACAUAAAAUAUAUAUAUUUAUUAUUAUAAAUUAAAUGAAAAAAAGACAAUAUUUAAAAAACAAAAACCAGAAUCUCUAUAUAGUGAAAAAAAAAGAAAAACCCAAGACAUUUUUGUGUAUUUUGUAAAAAUUAACCAAGAGCAAAAGCAAAACAAAACAAAACUAGAAAAUGAAAAUGCAAGCUAAAAACAAAUUGUAUGUAUAAAAAAAUUGAAACAGAGGUAAAAAGAAAGAAUGAAAAAUAGUUUUCUAAAUAUUUUAUAUAUUUUUUAUAAAAAAAACACAAUCAAAACGCAAAAAAAAAUAACAACAAAAAUCUUACCUAAAAACAAACCAGAAACAAACUAGCAGCAAUGUAAAAUGAGGUUUAGUUAAAAAAAAACAACAAAUUUGCAAUGUUUUUCCUUUUGUUAAACGUUGAUGACAGUUAAAUGAAAAGCUUUUUUUUUGGAAAAUCCAAUUUUUGUUAUUACUAGAUUAUAUUUAAACAUAAAAAAUUAUUAUUGAACAACAACUAUAAAACUCAACACCCCCUUCCUGUGCAAUGGAGGAAAGGUUCUUACAAAGGGUUUGAAAAAAUACUUUUUUUAAUAUUUCACUGACAUAAAAGUUACUAUUUUUGCAAGAAAUGUUUUACAGAGACAAGCCUAUUUUAACAAAAAAAAGGAAAAUUAAAUUUUUACAUAAAAUCUUUUCAUUCAAAAUGAAAUAAACAAGCGGAUUUUGUCUGGAGCCAGAGCUCAUAUUCCUUUUUAAUUAAAUAUUGGAAAAAUACACAUUAAAAACUGAGAUUGAAAAGUAAUUUAAAAUUGAAAACAUCACAUUUUAUAACAUCACCCAAAAGCUCUUAUUUAAUUUAAAUAUUUUCCCCAUAAGAAGACCUUCCAACAUUGCACAAACUCUUGUUUUACAAAGAAUAUAAAUUUAUUUUUUUUUUUUUUCAAAAGAAGUAUGAUCCCGCUACGUCAAAAUUGAAAUUGUUUCCCAUCUCUCUCUCUCUCUAAAGAAUUUGUUUCUAUUUGUUGUUGUUUUUUUAUUUCAUCUUUUUUAAAACAAAGCAAUAACUAAAUAUUAUUUAAAGUUGUGAAUUUAUAUAUAUAUAUAUUAAAAUAAAACAUAUACAUUCUUUUUUUAAAUAUACAUAGUUUCUACACAAAAAAAAAACAACAAUUAAAUUCAUUAAAUUUUUAUAUAAAUAUUAUAUAUGUGUCUUAUUAAGUUUUUAAAAACUUUUUAUUAAGUUUGUAUUUGUAAACUCUAAAUGGAAAUUAAGAAAAUUUAAGAAA